AUGGUCCCCUCCGAAGAGCUUUUCUCCUCAUCACAACUGCAACAACAAAGACGACCCACUCCCAGAGACUGCCGACCCCUCCUGCCGACCCACCACCCACUCCCAGAGACCGCCGACCCCUCCUGCCGACCCACCACCCACUCCCAGAGACCGCCGACCCCUCCUGCCGACCCACCACCACUCCCAGAGACCUGCCGACCCCCACCCACUCCCAGAGACCGCCGACCCACCACCCACUCCCAGAGACCGCCGACCCCUCCUGCCGACCCACCACCCACUCCCAGAGACCGCCGACCCCUCCUGCCGACCCAUCACCCACUCCCAGAGACCGACCCCUCCUGCCAACCCACCACCCACUCCCAGAGACCCGACCCCUCCCACCCACUCCCAGAGACCACCGACCCUCCUGCCGACCCACCACCCACUCCCAGAGACCGCCGACCCCUCCUGCCGACCCACCACCCACUCCCAGAGACCGCCGACCCCUCCUGCCAACCCACCCCCUCCCAGAGACCCGACCCCUCCUACCGACCCACCACCCACUCCCAGAGACCGACCGACCCCUCCUACCGACCCACCACCCACUCCCAGAGACCGACGACCCCUCCUGCCGACCCACCACCCACUCUCCAAAGACCGACGACCCCUCCUACGACCCACCACCCACUCCCAGAGACCGCCGACCCCUCCUGCCGACCCAUCACCCACUCCCAGAGACCGCCGACCCCUCCUGCCGACCCAUCACCCAUCCCAGAGACCGACGACCCCUCCUGCCGACCCACACCCACUCCCAGAGACCGCCGACCCCUCCUGCCGACCCACCACCCACUCCCAGAGACCGCCGACCCCUCCUGCCGACCCACCACCCACUCCCAGAGACCGCCGACCCCUCCUGCCGACCCACCACCCACUCCCAGAGACCGACCGACCCCUCCUGCCGACCGCCGACCCCUCCUGCCAACCCACCACCCACUCCCAGAGACCGCCGACCCCUCCUGCCGACCCACCACCCACUCCCAGAGACCGCCGACCCCUCCUGCCGACCCACCACCCACUCCCAGAGACCGCCGACCCCUCCUGCCGACCCACCACCCCACUCCCAGAGACCGCCGACCCCCUCCUACCGACCCACCACCCACUCCCAGAGACCGCCGACCCCUCCCAACCCACCGACCCACCACCCACUCCCAGAGACCGCCGACCCCUCCUGCCAACCCACCGACCCACCACCCACUCCCAGAGACCACCGACCCCUCCUACCGACCCACCACCCACUCCAGAGACCCCGACCCCUCCUACCGACCCACCACCCACUCCCAGAGACCCGACCCCUCCUACCGACCCCACCACCACUCCCAGAGACCGACGACCCCUCCUACCGACCCACCACCCACUCCCAGAGACGCCGACCCCUCCUACCGACCCACCACCACUCCCAGAGACCGACGACCCCUCCUGCCGACCCACCACCCACUCCCAGAGACCGACGACCCUCCUACCGACCCACCACCCACUCCCAGAGACCGCCGACCCCUCCUGCCGACCCACCACCCACUCCCAGAGACCGCCGACCCCUCCUGCCGACCCACCACCCACUCCCAGAGACCGCCGACCCCUCCUGCCGACCCACCACCCACUCCCAGAGACCGCCGACCCCUCCUGCCGACCCACCCACCACCCACUCCCAGAGACCGCCGACCCCUCCUGCCGACCCACCACCACCCACUCCCAGAGACCACCGACCCCUCCUGCCGACCCACCACCCACUCCCAGAGACCGACGACCCCUCCUGCCGACCCACCACCCACUCCCAGAGACCGACGACCCCUCCUACUGACCCACCACCCACUCCCAGAGACCGCCGACCCCUCCUGCCGACCCACCACCCACUCCCAGAGACCGACGACCCGUCCUACUGACCCAUUACCCACUCCCAGAGACCCGUGA